AUUCCAUAAAAUUAUUUUUCUCACAUAUCAUAGGCGGAUAUCUCUCUUCUUCCCUAAGUAUGGAGAAUUCCCAUAUACCCAAACACAGUGAAAAAAAAAAAGAAAAAAAAAAAGAAGUAAUAAUAAAAAAAGAAAAUCCAAAUCCUAUAUUCUCACCACUAUAUAAGAGUGUCUUUGCAAAGCUUGGCUAAACCAACCAACCUCCAUAUCUCAAUCUGAGUCUGCAUAUUAAAAUCCUUGAAGCCCCAGUCUCUUUCUCUCUUGAUCAUCACCAAGUAGAAUCAAUGGAAUUUGAAGAUCAAGAUAAAUGGGUUAAUGAUUCCUCUUUGGAUCAUAAAGGACAAGUUCCUCUUCGAGCUUCCACCGGUGCUUGGAAAGCAUCCCUCUUCAUUAUCGCAAUUGAGUUUAGUGAGAGGUUGAGUUACUUUGGGAUAGCUACAAGCUUAAUCAUAUACUUAACUAAGGUUAUACAUGAAGACCUCAAAACAGCAGCAAGGAGUGUCAACUAUUGGUCUGGUGUUACCACAUUGAUGCCAUUAUUUGGAGGGUUCAUUGCUGAUUCUUACUUGGGUCGCUUCUCUACAGUGCUUGCUUCCACUGUAGUCUACAUUAUGGGCUUAAUUCUACUGACCAUGUCAUGGUUUGUACCAAGCCUAAAGCCAUGUGACGCUGAACCAUGCCAACAACCUAAGAAAAUCCAUGAAGUCAUAUUCUUCCUUGCCAUAUACUUGGUCUCCAUUGGAACCGGCGGCCACAAACCGGCUCUAGAGAGCUUCGGCGCCGACCAAUUCGACGACGAAGACCCCAAAGAGAGAAGGCAAAAGAUGUCAUACUUCAACUGGUGGAACUCUGGCCUUUGCUGCGGACUCCUACUUGGCGUCACUGUGAUUGUGUAUUUGCAAGACCAUGUGAGCUGGGGCGUUGCUGACAUUGUUCUCACGGCAGUUAUGGCCGUUUCAAUGGCUAUUUUCAUAAUUGGAAGGCCGGUUUAUCGUUACCGGAGGCCGACAGGAAGCCCUUUGACGCCAAUGCUGCAAGUUCUUGUAGCGGCCAUUAGGAAGAGGAACCUGCCAUUCCCUUCCAAUCCUGCUGAGCAGUUGUAUGAAGUGCCCAAGUUUGAGAAAGUCAAUGGCAGGCCUCUGUGCCACACUAAGAAGCUCAUGUUUCUUGACAAAGCAGCCAUCAUAGAACAACACAACACAGGAAACUCAACAAACAAAGAAAGCCCAUGGAGGCUAGCAACAGUGACAAAAGUGGAGGAGAUGAAGCUCAUCCUCAACAUGAUACCCAUUUGGAUAGCCGCCAUUCCUUUCGGGAUUUGCGUGGCUCAAGGCUCCACAUUCUUCAUCAAGCAAGGCGUCACCAUGGACAGAAAGAUCGCCAAUGGCUUCGAGAUCCCUCCGGCCUCGAUCUUCGCUCUCGCCGCCCUCGGAAUGAUCGUCUCCGUCACCCUCUACGAGAAGCUCCUAGUGCCGUUGCUGAGAAAGUUAACGGGAAACGAGCGAGGGAUCAACAUCCUCCAGAGGAUCGGGAUUGGAAUGUUCUUCUCUGCCGUCACAAUGGUGGUCUCGGCUUUGGUCGAGAAAAAACGUCUGGAAGAUGUUCGAGAAAAUGCCGGAACGAAGGGUUGGAAGCCAAUGAGCGUCUUCUGGCUCGCGCCGCAGUUUGUGAUCGUUGGUUUCGGAGACGGGUUUGCCUUGGUGGGAUUGCAGGAGUACUUUUAUGACCAAGUUCCCGAUUCGAUGAGAAGCUUAGGGAUCGCGUUUUAUCUGAGCGUGAUCGGAGCGGCAAAUUUCAUCAGCAGCCUUUUGAUAACGAUCGUUGACCAUGUUACGGAGAAGAGCGGGAAGAGUUGGUUUGGCAAGGAUUUGAAUAGUAGCAGAUUGGACAAGUUCUACUGGCUGUUGGCCGCCAUGACCACCGUGAACUUGUUCUUUUACGUGCUCUUGGCGCGGCGAUACUCUUAUAAGAAUGUGCAGAAGGUUGCUGUGGCUGAUUGCUAUGAAGGUGAUGGCGAUAAAAGCUCAAUGGCUUGACAGUUUGAGCUUAAUCUUUAUAAAUUAUAUAUGUUUGGAUUUGCUAUAGGUUUAUUAUAUCAUUUUAAAGCUUUUAAGUGAGUCUAGAAGAAAGAUUAAAAUGAUCAAAUUCCAACACAGUGUUGUUGUAGGUAUUAGAAACAUGUCUUCGAAUCUGUAAAUCAUGUGUGCAUUUGAUGUCUUAGAGGACCUCAGCAAUUUUUAUUAGUUGCAACUUGCAAGGCAUGUGAACUUGUUAACGCAUGAAUCACUUUCUGCAUCAUUUAUGAUGUCGAAUCAACAACUAGAAUGCCCACUAAACAAAGCUUGAUGCUUUCUUUUAGUAAUUUCUUUCCUCUCUGGAAACUUUUUUUUUUUUUUUUUCAAUAUAUAUACAGUCCUUUAAGUUAAGUU